GUGUUGUGUUUUCAAAACGAAAAUACAGCUACUAAUUUACCUAAAAUGAAAACGUUUGAAAUAAUAGCAGGAACAUACGAAGAAUUUCUUUUGGGAUAUGACUUUUUCCAUAAGGGCAAACGUCUCGUUCAGAGUUUCGCUUCGCACGACCACACAGCGAGCGUUCGAUGUGUCGCUGCAUCAGCCCAUUUCGUGGCCUCCGGUGCAGCGGACGACCGCAUCAUCCUCUACGACUUCAAGCACCGCAAGGAGCACUUCAUGCUCUCCCAUCACGACUCGACUGUGACUUGCCUGGAAUUCACCCCGAACCACUCUCACCUGGUCUCGGGCAGCCAAAACGGAGUGCUCUCCGUUACUCGAGUGGGCAAUUGGCAGGUGGAGAAGAUGUGGGGCAAGGCCCACAAGGGCGCUGCGAUAUUAGACGUGGCUGUGCACCAGUCGAGCAAGCUCGCUUUGAGUUUGGGGGAGGACUGUGUACUUCGCACGUGGAAUUUGGUGAAAGGCAGGCAAGCGUACGCUAUAAACUUGAGAAGCAAAAGCAAGGAUGCCAAGAGUUUGUGUAAGAUUUCGUGGGCUGCGGACGGGGUGAGGUUUCUUUUAUUCGGUGGUAAAUACACGGAAAUAUGGAGCAUCGAAUCGGGAGGGGUGGUUCAAGUUAUCGAACACGAUGUAAAAGUGAGCAGCUGCAUUUGGUAUAAUGAUAAAAAACUGUUGGUGGGUUACGAAGAUGGGAACUUGUGCUUACUGACAUUGUCGUCGUUAAAGAAGAAAGUCUACAAAGCCCACAAAGAUAGGAUAAAAGCGCUUGUGAGUUACGAUGAAUGGAUAAUCUCGGGGUCUAGCGGUGGAGAAAUAAAGGUUUAUGAUAAAGAUUUGCAGGAACUUUGCAAAACAAACUCUGAUUGUCGGCUUACUUCGUUAGUUAUUCUUCCGCCAGUUAAUCUAAAAAAAGAGGAACUUGAAAAGGAAGAAGAGCCCGAAGAGGAAGAAGGGGCUGAAGAGGAAGAGGAACCUGAAGAGGAAGAGGAGCCUGAAGAGGAACUUGAAGAGGAAGAGGAGCCUGAAGAGGAACAGGAACCUGCUGUUGAUGAUGUAGUAUCGAUAGAAGAGGAAGAUGAAGAGGAGGAAGUUCAACCAAAAAGAAAAAGGAGGAAAAAGAAAAGUAAAAGUGAAAAAAACUAA